CACCCCAUACCUGAUUUGACACGAUCCAGUCAGGGAGCCCAAGGCAUGUCUCAAAGUGCCAAGCAUGAAACGGAUGACGGGACGUACCCCGCAAAAGAGGGUCCUCCUUGGCAGAACGAGCCUAUACGAGCUAGAACGCGCUAGAUCCCGUUUGGGACUUCUGGGCUGACGAGUCGAUGCGACGGGCCAACAGCAGCCAACAGCAGCCGUCGCCGUCUCGAACGCCCCCCACAGCACACGGGCACUGCAAUGCACCGCCCCAGCAGCCAUUUGAACAAUCCCUGCUCAGGAACAAUGAGACCCGGAAAGACUCCCAGAACAAAGGAAAUGUCUCCAAAUUGGGCAUUUCGGCGCCCUGGCCUCGGGCCCUUACGUCAGGUCAACCACUGUUCCAUUCUCACCCCGAACGGGAGUUGCAUGCUGACGACGACGACGACGACGAUUGACCGGUUGUUUCCGACGGGAAUAUACAGCCAACUCUUUUGAGGUGGUGAUGUCGAACUGCUGACGGCCGCUGCCCUGCCCUGCCCUUCUGCCCACGUGCAGCAGCCUUCCCCUCGCCCUCAUCCCCGAAAUCUCCGUCUUCUCCCUACUACUCGAAACCGAAUUCGGCUUGAGGAUCCCAGCCUUAUUUCCCUAGCUCCUUUUCCCAGCGACGUCGACUUUCCCAAGCAGCAUCGACAGGCCACAGCUACAGCAGACACCCGAUGCGCGCCGACAAACCGCAAACAUGAGAUGGACGAACGCUUCUGCUGCGGCAGCGCUGCUGCUGUGCGCAGUGACAGGUGCCAGUGCGCAGUCCGGAAACAAGCUGCAGGUCAAUCUUGAUUCUCAAGAUUCCAUCAAGAGAGCCGCCAAAGUCGUUGCUGCCAACCUCUGGGAGUACUACCGCGGUGACGAGCCAGGCCAGACACCGGGCAUUCUGCCAGGCCCGCCACCGGCCGGCGACUAUUACUGGUGGCAGGCCGGCGCAAUGUUCGGCACCUUGAUCGACUACUGGCACUACACAGGCGAUAGCACAUACAACAACGAGACCGUCCGAUCCAUCGUCCACCAAGCUGGCGCUCCUACCUUUGCCUUUAUGCACCCCAACUGGACCGCCUCUCUCGGCAACGAUGAUCAAGGUUUCUGGGGCAUGACGGCUAUGCUGGCCGCCGAGGUCAACUUCCCCAACCCGGCGCCCACUGACCCGCAGUAUCUCGCGCUCGCCCAAGCCACCUUCAACACCCAAGCCGCCAGGUGGGAGAACCAGGACUGCGCCGGUGGCCUCCGCUGGCAGGUUCCCCAUACCAACAAUGGCUACGAUUACAAAAAUACUAUUGCCAACGUUGUCUUCCUCAACAUCGCCGCUCGCCUCGCGCGGUACACAAACAAUGAAACAUAUGCCGAGUGGGCCGAGCGGACAUGGGAUUGGACCGAGGGCGUUGGGUACAUCACGAAGGAUUACGAUGUGUACGAUGGUGCCAACACUCCGAAAAACUGCACCAACAUCAACCCGGUGCAAUGGUCGCCCAAUGCUGCUGUCUUGCUUCACGGCGCCGCCAUCAUGUACAACUAUACUACCGGCGACAGGCAGGCCCAGUGGAAGACCCGCGUCGCCGGUCUCCUCAACCGAACCGUCGAACACUUCUUCCCCGAAGGCAUCAUGGUCGAACGCCCCUGCGAGCUCAAGGACCGAGUCCAGUGCAAUGUCGAUCAGCACUCUUUCAAGGGGUACAUGCACCGCGCUCUGGCCUCGACCGCCAUCGUGGCCCCUUUCACCCGGGAUUCGAUCCUCGAGGUCCUCAGGUCAUCAACAAAGGGCGCAGUGGAAUCGUGUCUGGCGGACGGAACCUGCGGCUUUCGCUGGGAUAGGGGAGAGUACGAUGGCGAUGUGUCCAAUGGACCGGCGGGUCAGCAGAUGAGCGCUUUGGCGGCGCUGUCUACGCUGCUGUUGGAUAAUAGUGGUGGUCCGUUGACGAACUCGACGGGUGGUACGUCGGUGGGUGACCCGAAUGCUGGGUCUAGCGCUUUUGAGCUGGAUCCCAUGAGGCAGAUCACGGCGGGAGAUAAGGCGGGGGGGGCGAUAGUGACGAUUGUGGUGGUGGGAUCGUUUGUGGGGAGUUUGGUGUGGAUGAGCGGGGGGUUGUUUGAGGUUUCUUGA